AUGGCAUCCAUACAAUAACAUUAUAACAAACUUCAAUCAAUAUUAUUUCUCUCUUGCAAUCAUCUUCCAUUUAAUCAAAUGGCAUUUUCGCUACAUGUUAUGUUCAUAGUUUCUACAUUAAUCUUUUCUAUGCUAAUGCUAAUUCAAGUACAAGGUGACACUACGUCUAGCGGCGCUUUCAUCCAUUCGCGUGCAGGAUACUACCCGAAUUCUGAGGAAAAAGGAUCAGAAACUGGGAGAUGCGGAUAUGGUUCAUUUGGAGCAAUGAUUAACUAUGGGGAUGUAGCAGCGGCAUCUGAUCUUUAUCGCGAUGGUGUAGGGUGCGGUGCAUGCUAUCAAGUUAAGUGCACAAAUGUUAAAGAUUGCUCAGAUGAAGGAGUGACAGUUGUUAUAACUGACCAAGGAUCCAGUGAUCGCACCGAUUUUAUUAUGAGCCAGAAAGCCUUCCGAAAAAUGGCUCAGAAUUCAUAUGCAGCAUCUACUCUACUAUCACAAGGAAUUGUGGAUAUUGAAUAUAGGAGGGUUUCAUGCAGCUACCCAAAGAGUAACAUCACAAUAAAGAUUGAUGAGAGCAGUGAUUAUCCAUAUUAUCUAGCUUUUGUCAUAUGGUAUCAACAAGGCCAAAAAGAUAUCACUGCAGUGCAACUAUGUGAGACCAAUAAUUUCAAUUGCAAGUUACUAGACAGAAGCUACGGAUCGGUAUUUACAACAACAUCACCGCCUAGUGGACCGUUGUCUCUAAGAAUGUUAUUUAGCAGCGAAAAUGGAGAUGAAAAAUGGGUUGUUCCGGUUAACGCAAUACCUGAAAACUGGAAGAAGGGGGCUGUGUAUGACACAGGGGUGCAAGUAGAAGAAUAACCGGUUAACCGCGCAUUUAUUGGGAAUUUUUUCUUCAUUAAAAGACAUGAAUAAAAGAAGACAAGCAUGGUCUCUAACUAUUAUUAUAUAUUGGUUAUUUUAAUUAUAGCAUAUUUUUAUGUAAGUUGUAUUAAAAUUCGUUAUUGUUUCCUUUGUAUUAUUUAAAGAAGUUGCAUUUAUUUAUAAACAUUUGUUUGGUUGAAAUAAAAAAGAAA